AUGGAUGAUUACCAUGUUAAAAACAAGUUAACCGUUAAUAAUGAUCAAGUAUUCUUGAAUACACUGUUGGAAACUGAGUGGAUCCCUACCGUCAAAAAAUACUUCUCGAAACCUCAAGAUUGCUGUUGUCAAAAAGAUAAAGAUUUAGUUUGUCUGGUUGUUCCAAUACUUGAAUGCAAAGUUAAAAACAAGGAGUUUUUAAAACAUUUGAAGUGGGAUACUUUUCCUGAAGUCGAAAAGGUUCUACAGCAGUUAGAGUUAUGUUAUGAAUCAAAACAACCACCAAAUAACUUGGAAAAGAUUUGCAGCGCAAUUUACGAAUAUAUGAGUAAAACUCUACAAGCAAACGAGGAAAUAUUCAAGAGUCAAUUGGAAAAUAAACU